UGGCCCCGCGCAGGUGCGGCGAGAGGCUCGAGUUUCACUGAAACUUAUCCGGUUCUCGGGAGGCGUGCGCGCAGGCUCCAAUCAGGGGCAGGCGGGAGGGUGGCUUCCUACCCCAGCCGAGCGGCGAGGGGGACUCAGUUUCGGGGCUGUGGUGGCGGCGGGCUGCCCGUCCGCCCGGCGUCGGCGCUGCUGGAAGGAUGCGAAGCCCGAGCGCGGCGUGGCUGCUCGGGGGCGUCCUCCUGCUGGCGGCCUCUGCCUCCUGCAACCGCACCGUCCCAGGAAACAAGUCUAAAGGAAGAAGCCUCAUUGGUAACCCGGAUAAGUCACCUGUGGUCACCGGCAGAGGCGUGACAGUGAAACCAGGCUUUUCCGUGGAUGAGUUUUCUACCUCCGUCCUCACUGGAAAGCUGACUACUGUCUUUCUUCCAGUUGUCUACACGAUCGUAUUCGUGGUUGGUUUGCCAAGCAAUGGCAUGGCCCUGUGGGUCUUUCUUUUCCGAACAAAGAAGAAGCACCCCGCUGUGAUUUACAUGGCCAACCUGGCCUUGGCCGAUCUCCUCUCGGUUACCUGGUUCCCUUUGAAGAUUGCGUAUCACAUCCAUGGCAACAACUGGAUUUACGGGGAGUCUCUUUGCAAGGUGCUCAUUGGCUUUUUCUACGGCAACAUGUACUGCUCCAUCCUCUUCAUGACCUGCCUCAGCGUGCAGAGAUACUGGGUCAUCGUGAACCCCAUGGUGCACCCCAAGAAGCAGGCAAACAUUUCCAUCGGCGUCUCUCUGGGAAUAUGGCUACUCAUUCUGCUGCUUACCAUCCCCUUGUACGUCGUGAAGCAGACCUCCUACAUCCGGGCCCUUAACAUCACAACCUGUCACGAUGUUUUGCCGGAGGAGGUGCUGGUGGGAGACAUGUUCAAUUACUUCCUGUCUCUGGCCAUCGGAGUCUUUCUGUUCCCAGCCUUCCUCACGGCCUCGGCCUAUGUGCUCAUGAUCCGGACCCUCCAGUCUUCUGCCAUGGAUGAGAGCUCAGGAAAGAAGAGGCGGAGGGCCAUCAAGCUCAUUGUCACCGUCCUGGCCAUGUACCUGAUCUGCUUCACUCCCAGUAACCUUCUGCUCGUGGUGCACUACUUCCUGAUUAAGACCCGGGGCCAGAGUCACGUCUACGCCCUGUACAUCGUGGCCCUCUGCCUCUCCACCCUCAACAGCUGCAUCGACCCCUUUGUCUAUUACUUCAUUUCACAGGACUUCCGGGAUCACGCCAAGAACGCUCUUCUCUGCCGGAGCGUCCGUACUGUAAAGCGGAUGCAGGUAUCCCUCUCGUCAAAGAAAUUCUCGGGGAAAUCCAGCUCUUACUCUUCAAGUUCAACCAGUGUCAAAGGCUCCUACUGAGUGGCCCGGUUCCUCAGUGGAAGUUCUGCGGCUUUGGAGCCUGCUUACCAUUCCGGAGAUGCUUUUGUUGUUUCUUAACCAAGUAGGUUUCACCACAUACCGUGUAUAUGCAGCACCUCUCAGGGUUGCUGGAAGCUUCCCUGUUUGCAUGAGGAAAGUCCCCCAAAUUUAUGUUUCAGUUUCAGAAUUCAGUUUCAGAAUUCCUCUACUCAGGGGCUCCCAGAAAUGGAACUGAUCGAAACAGACUUUUCAGAUGGUGCAGAAAAGACAGAAACCCCAUGAUAUGCGAAGACUAGUCUUGGCGUGAAGGCUUAAGUUUUUAGCUGCAAGUACAUCUCUUUUACAUCUGGGGUCGGUCCAGCUGUAUUAGGGCUUCAGGGCCCUCAGAGAAGAUCAGUACAGUUGACUGACUAUACAGAUGAGGAAACUAAAGACGUGGGGGAGCUGCCCCAAGUCAGGUUUCCAACCAAUGGCCACAAGUUUGAAUAGUGGGGUUCUUGUACCACUUUGUCAAAAUCAUUGUGUAUCUUGUUUGAAAAUGUAGACUUAUUGUACUCAGGAAUCAGAGCUCAGAGUCUGGGGCAGGGCCCAGGAACCUGCAUUUUAACAAGCCUUUCUUACACUCCAGUGUUUGGGAACCUUUGGUCUGGGUACUGCUUCCACUUGACAAGGAGCCAUGGCAAUUUUUGAAAAAUGAAGCAAAACAGAACAUUUUGUGUCUCUUUCCCAUCCAGUUCAGAACAAAGUCUGUUCAUUGACUUAUUGGGACUUCCAGUCAUUUCUCUAUUAAUGCUUUGAGCUUUUGUAUGUAUCAUUAUCACUUCAAGGAAAAUACAACGAGCAUGUUAAAUG